UAUUGAAGUUACCCCCACCCGGGGUGGCCAGUCGCCAUAGAGCUCGGAAAUCUGCUCGAAAUACUCGAUGAACUUCGGGUAUUUUAGCAUCGUUCCGUACGAUGCCUGCCUGGUAUGACAGACAACAGAUGGCUCAAAGCUACUUCAUUAAACCAAUUUCCACUUCCACCGCCUGAUCAAACGAUCAUGAUAGAAUAGCAUCAUUUAACCGAGCCAUCAUUCACCGUCAAAAUGAGCGCCGGCACCACAGGCGUCGCCGAGCUGUUCCAUCUACUCGAAUCCAAUAAACUCGGAGAGGUCGAGGAGAUCAAGAAAGUAUUCCACGAUCAUUUCUUAUCCACAAAGGAUAACUGGCUAGUAAAUGGAUUAUUUGAUUAUUACCUGUCCACUAACUCCCUGAGGACUGCUGAAGUAUUGGCAGGAGUUCGCGAUCCGCAUGACAAACAUCUAUUGGAUCGUUUAUCAGAUGUUCUUUCUAAAACUGGCAAUUGUGGACAGAGAGUACAGGCACUUACACUGCUUGGCCAUAUAGCUCGACGUCAACCCACUUGGUUGUACAAGCUAGCCAAUCAUGCUUUAUUCAGAGAUCUACUCAAAUUGCUUAAGGUGGAGACAGAUAUAUUACCGCUUUUGAGCGCCCUUCUUCUGUUAGUAAUGUUGUUACCAAUGUUACCUGCCGCACUAGGGCCAUUUCUGCCAGAGAUAUUCGAGGUAUUCGGCCGAUUGGCCUCUUAUUAUCAUCAUCAAUCGUCCUUACUUUCCUCUUCUACUCUUUUUACUUCGACUACAGUACCAAACGUCAUCGAUAAGGAGCAUUUGUACCUCAUACAUUUGCAGGUAGGAUUGUACAGUUUAUUUCAUAGACUGUACGCAAUGUAUCCAUGCAAUUUUAUAUCAUACCUGAAGCAACAGUACGUUCAGCGCGAUCAGUCGGCUACGUUCAGUCACACUAUCAGAGCUAUGCUGGAUUCCGUGCGUAUGCACCCGUUGCUCGUUACCGCGUCUAAAGAUUCGGAAAUCUCCGCCAAUAGGUGGAAGAAGAUGGAACAUCACGAUAUCAUGGCGGAGUGUGGUCGUUUCACAUUAGAUAGGUGUCGAGAGGAGAUAUUAGGCGUAGUUAAUUCUCGAUGUACUCCACCUCCAGAUCAGUCUUUCACCUGCACACCGAUAAACAUUUGCGGAGGAGUAACGACUACGGAGAUUAGCAACGAGGAGGACGAUACAUUCUGGUCACCGAGCAUGGCGGUGCCGUCGCACAGUACACCAUUUCCAAAUGCAUCGCACGAGCCGCGAUCCGCCCCGCCAACGCCUAAUAACAAUAGGAGCGGCACCUCCCCGCCUGAGGCUGCUAUUGAAGCUACUCCUGAGACGACUCCCGUCAAGGAUUUACGAAAAGUAUCAACGAGGCAACUCCCCUUGCAAGGAUCUAGCGCGGUGCGUGCUUUAAAUGCAUUGGGCAAUGGUACAGCGGGCGCAUCUUCUCGGCCAUCGACACCCACUCCUAUAAACUCUUCUGUGCCGAUUUCCGGCUCUGCGACUAGAAGCGGGGAUAUUGCAAUGAACACACUUCUUUCGCAAAGGCUGAGUAAAAUCAUGACGGAUAGACAAAGUGUCCUUCGUCAGCCGCAGAGAUCGUUGAUUAACAACGAAGAGGAUGUGAGGCUUUUGGAGAUGGACAUAAGUCAGAAUGGGAAAAAUGAUUCUUGGCAGGAGGAUCAAGAGGUAUUGGAAAUCGUCAGUUCGCAUGGUAGCGGAGCAGUUGAAAUGCCAAAAUUCGUAGAACCACUGUCCGAGGCGCGAAACGAGAAGAACGCGUAUGGUGCUUUGGCGGACUUAUCGCAGAAGGUCUAUCAAUUUCGAUUUUACUCUCAGUGCUACUUUCCGAGGCAGCAGUCAAAUUUGAAUGCAACGCACAAGAUUCGGCAGACCAGGUCUUGUUCCGACAUAACGGCGCAGAGAAAAUUAAGUAGCGAAGACGUAGCGAAUCAAAUCAAAUUAAUAGAUACGGGCACCCAGACGGGAGAUCUGUUUCCAUACGAGGGCCUGUUUAUGGGAUUAUUGGAUCAGAGCGGUCAGAGUUCUAUCCAGGAAAGUUCUGACUCAAGACUGUCGCCGGUUAGCAUGCUGGAUCGAUAUAUCGAGGCUUGCACGAGAGUCAAUAAUUUCUAUAGCAACAACGGCAAAACAAGAACAAGCGGUACUAAGCAAAGGCAAAGGAAGAAAGGGGAGGAGGACACAGACGAGGACGGAGGAGAAGAUGAUGGUAUAGAUCCAACUUGCGCUAAUCAGUUGCUUCAGCUUAUGCAAAUGCAGCUACAGUUUGAGCGGCAACGGCGAGAAGUUCAUGCCGAGCGUAAUCGGCGACUUCUCGGUAAAUUAAGAGAUUCGCGAGCUUCAGAAGAACAUAAUCUUGCUUUGACUGAUCGUCUGAAAAUGGUAGAGAGAGAAAUGGAAGAAUUGAAGGCGCAAUUGGAGCGCAAUAAGAAGGAAGCACAUCAGGCUGAGGAACAAUACAAAGAAGCCACGCAUCAUUGGCAGACUAAGUGUGUUGAAGAACAACGACAGAAUCACGUACUCAGAGAUCGAUUAGAGUGCCUCGAGCUGGAAUUGAAGAGCGAACAAAAAAAGGCAGCCGAAACACAACAACAGCUUCGUUCUACGGAAGCAGAACUUUUCACCGCGGGACACCAACUCAAGGCAGCGUUGAAAGCUGCGGAUCGUGGCAAAGAACAGGAACGUGUUCUGGAUAUUGUACAGAAGAGAUUCCUUCUUCUAGGAGAGGCGCAAUUAAAGCUGAAAGAAACCACAGACAGUUUCUCACCGACGAUUAAACAAGAAAUGACGCAGAUUCAGAAAGCGUACACGGAGGAAUUGAACGGUAUCCGCCGGCAAUUGGAGUCGCGAACGUCUCACGUGGAGGCGCUGAAGGUGCGUCUGGGAGAGUUGGAAAAUAAGGAGGCGCGUAAGGAGACACAGCUCGUAGAUCUGCAGCGGCUCUUGCGGGAGACGAAGGAGCAACACGCGUCCGAGGUGGAAGCCGUCGAGUCCAAGUACAGGGCCCAGGUGGACAUCAAUCUGCUUCUGGAGGGCCGUAUACUUGAGCUCCACGGUAGGCUGGAGGCCGCGACUUCCUCCAACACGUGCUCGCCCAUGGCCAAUCCCGCUUCCUCGGCGUCGCCGAAAGAACGUUCGCCGCCUCUCUCCACCAGCCUGGCCUCGUCGAGCGAGGGCAGUCUCGCGUUCAUGCACUCGGGCGUCGGGAUCAUCAUGAACGACUGCUGCGACGCGGCGGGCGAGAUAUCAAAUCUGCAAGCCAUGAUAGAGCCUGUACCGAGCCAGGUCGCCUCACCGUCACGUUCCACUCAACGACAGACGCCGAAGCAAGACUAACAGUACAGUUACGGAAAGGUUUGCGUGCGCGCGAGCCCCCUCCCUCACGCGCGAACACGACUGUUACUUUUAGUGUUUUGCGGUAUGUGAAAGCGAGAAGAAAGUUAUUUGUAGCUUUUUAUUGAUAGAAUAGACGAGAUCCGUAAGAAAGUUGCUGUCGACUGAUUGCGAUCGAGCAGGCAUGCUAAUCAACGUGUUUGUUAGUAUGGUAUAUAUAUAUCUCCGUUCUUUGGAAAUGGAGUUCACAAUGAAUAAAUGGUUGAGAUAUUUUGUGAGCAA